ACCACGCGUUGCGUAUUGCGCACACAGCACAACCAAGCACGACGCGCCCCCAAAUCGGUGACCCAGUGGCUAGUGUACCACGCGUUGCGUAUUGCGCACACAGCACAACCAAGCACGACGCGCCCCCAAAUCGGUGACCCAGUGGCUACCCUCCGAUCCGAUUCAACCAGAGUCGGUGAGAGAUUAGAGAGAGAAAGAGACACGGAGAGAGGAGAGAGACAGAAGCUGGAUUAUGUGCGCCUGAGAAGUGGUUCGGAGCCCAAGAGAUGAAAAAUCCCUAAAUCUGAUGGAAACCCUAGCCCUAAUCCGAGCAGAUGAAUUCACUGUUUCCGGCGGGUUUCGGAUGAUCCGGCACGAGUACUAUCUCUCUCUUUUCUUUGCCGGUGGCUGAGACUGUCCUGUUCUGGAGAGAAAGAGAGAAAGAGAGUGUGUGUGGGUGGGGAGUCUAAUUUCUGCAGUUUAGUUUUUCAGUGAGUUUUAGAGAGGAGGGGGAUGGGAGGUUCUGGAGCGGAGGAGACGAUAGAUUGCAGUGUGGGAACCAUCGUCUGGGUGCGGCGGAGGAACGGGUCGUGGUGGCCGGGGAAGAUACUCGGCCCUGACGAGCUCUCUGCUUCCCAUCUCAUGUCUCCGCGAUCUGGCACUCCGGUAAAGCUCCUUGGUCGUGAGGACGCUAGCGUGGAUUGGUACAAUUUAGAGAAAUCCAAGCGUGUGAAAGCAUUUCGAUGUGGUGAAUUUGAUGACUGUAUUGAAAGGGCUGAAUCCUCCCAGGGCAUGCCUGCAAAGAAAAGAGAGAAAUAUGCACGUCGGGAAGAUGCUAUUCUUCAUGCUCUUGAGCUUGAAAAGCAAAUGUUGGAGAAGAAACAUGGGAAACUAGGUAUUGCUUCUGAUAGUAGGAGACGUAAAUUAUCUGAUGGUGUUAGAAAAGAGUCAGUUACAUCUUCAGAAAGUUUGGGAAAUGAAAACGGAGAACAAGGAAUUUCCGAAUCACCUCAAAUUUCUAAAAGAUUAGAUCCCUCUCUUAAGGAGGAGGUUAUGGGCAGUGCUGAACAUGUGCAAAAAUCCAAAGAGGGAAAUAAACUGAGUUUUGAAGAUGAUAAUUCCGAAGCCAUACCUCGCAUGAGAGGUUUGCAGGACUUUGGGCUCAGAAUUGCCCCUUCAAAGCGUAAACUUUCUUCUUCUGUUGUUUCAAAUGGUUCCCAGAAACCUACAGUUGAUAGUCAUGUUCUUUCUAAUGGUGGUUUUAACAUGGGAAGUACUAGUCAUGCCAACAGUAAAAAUUCUUUAGACAAAAGGAAAGGGCCUUAUGAGGGCUUGAAUGAAGAAUCUCUCGUUAAAAGACGGGAUAGGCGCCGCCCUCUUGUUCAAGUAUUGCAGAGUAGUGCAAAGUUACCUGUCUCUCAUUCUUUGCAGACUGAUGGUGAUCCUGUUUCUGUGUCUGUGUCAGGAGAGGGGCAGACAGGAGUUAUUUGCCGAGCAAAGAGGAGCAAAUGUGUGUACUUGCCAGCGGAGUCUAGUGAUUGUUUGGACCAUAAAGAAAAUCCUCCCCUCCAGAUAGAGAUGUCUCCUUCGGAGGUUAGAGAGGGUAAUUGCCAUCCUCAUCCUGGUUCUUUGACUGAAGGGAGUUCUUCUAGUUCUAUGGGAGAUGAUGAUUCUGGCUCUUCUGAGGCUGAGUGUCUGGAAUCAAAUACAGAUGAAGAGAUGGAUGCUAUUUCAGAUUCUGCUGUGCUUCCAGAAGCCGAAUCGAAACCUCUGGAAAGAUCUGAAGUGCAAGGAGAACAUGGAAGUAUGAGCAAUGAUGAGCUUGAUGAAACAACUGUUACUGGUGAUAUGCCUAACCUUCAUCCUCAAGGCCCUGUUUCUGCCAGUGAGGGUAUGUCCAAAUGGCAACUGAAAGGGAAAAGGAACAUUCGCAAUCUUACAAAGAAGUCUGCAGAUAUGACUGAUGGAAGGGUAUAUCUAGAAGAAAAGGGUAGUGGUUUGAGUCAAAGGGCAUCAGGGGAGAGAUGUGGUUUCUACUCCAGAAGGGACAAUUGUGAAAAUGGUUUUGAUGAGAUGGAUAUGAUUGAAAAUGACUUCAAUACCCAAGCAGUUGAGUUUGAAAGUCGAGGAUACUCAACAUCAAGUGCUGUUGGCAAACGUCGAAAGAGCAGUGGCCGUAAUGUCAUCAAUUGGGAAGACUUAGCCUGGGAGGAUCGUCCUGCUUUGAAGGGAUAUUGGGAAGAAAGGCAUGGGAGUUUUGAUCCACUGUUUGUUGGUCGUCGCCACCUUGGUGGCAGGAUGAAGUCCAUGUUGGUAGAUGUGGAUUUGAAGGUCCAAGCAAGGUAUCAAAAGGAGCAUGUCCCCAUUGUCUCACUAAUGAGUAGGUUAAAUGGGAAGGCAAUAAUAGGGCACCCAAUUCAAAUUGAGGCAUUAGAGGAUGGUUCCUCAGAAACUCUCCUUUCUACAGCUGAUAUUGGCAGUGGAGCAAUCGAUAAUGACGGAAACAGCGUACUUUCACCAGUAUGGAGGACUGCAAGGAGGACAGCCAAUUUCCGGAUUCCACGCCCUCGCCCAUCGUCAACAAUUGACAGUGAUGAAGCUGCUGAGCACUUUCCCUUGGAUAAAGAAAAAAGACUACCAUUCAAAAAAUUAAACAUGGGAGGUUUUGGUCAGAAAGCAAGCCUGACGAGGAAGGGUGCCCUUCACAUUCCAAGGCCUCCAACAGCAAAAAAGUUCUCGAGGAAGCCACCAAAGAGGGUUAGCUUAUCUUCUAGCCAAAAAAUAAGAACCCUUUCUUCGAUUGCUGUUGAACAGAGAGUUCGUAAUAAGGCAAAAUAUGAUGGUGGCCGCGGUGACAUAGAUGGGCUAAUUAAGCCAGAGUCUGGCCCCACUACUGUAGCCUGUAUCCCUGUCAAACUAGUAUUCAGUAGGUUGUUUGAGGGUGUUGGUAGACCUCCAUCAAGAGCAGCUGGUCUUGGGGAUUCCAUGAAUGGCAAUAUGGAGAGAAAUCCAUCAUAGAUUACUUGUAAAUUGUUAUGUGGGAUCCUUUAUCUCGUACACUCCCAUCAGCUGUUGCUUAUUUAUCUUCGUUCCCUCGGAAAAUUCUUCGAUCCUUCUGGAUUGUCAACAGUGGGGAACUAGGGAUGACGAUUCUGCUGGCUGCACUGAAUGACUAUAUGAAGCAAGUAUAGCUAAUUAAGAACCAUAUAUAUUGCAAAUUUGGGCCCGAGGGAUGGCUGUUUUGCAGUUGGUAAUCUUGCAUUUUCUGGAUGAAGGAAUCUGAGGAAGCAGAAGAAGGUAGGUUCCUAUUAGAUAUAAAACAUGGUAAAAAUCGAAAACCACAUCGAUGGAUGCCAAUUUGAAGUUCCAAUCGAUGGCUGUACAUUUUACUUUGUAAGCUUUUUGUACACUUUUUUUUUCUCCCUUUUUAAGUUUCUUUUUCUUAAUUUAAAUAUAGAGUAACAGGGGUUGGUGGGAAACAAUGUAGAUGCUGUUUUGGAGCUUUAGUUUAGUUUAGUAAUAGUGAUCAGAUGAUGCUGGAGAGGGAUAAUUGCCUCGUGUGGUGAGGCCAAACACAAAUAACUUGAUGGAAGUUAUAUUCAUGUAUCUGGUAGCGAAGCUGGAAUAUAAUUACUGAAUGAUUUAUUUUU